CCCCAAGCUAACUCGAUUCAUUGCAACUCUCUAUUCGACUCGAAGAACCAGAUCCAUAACCUCACUUCGACUGUCUUGUACUUUAAUUUUGACCAGCUACUAUUCUCCUUGGAUUUACCCCCACUCUUCGAUUCUACCAAACUUAGACUACAUACUAAGGCACCGCAUUCUCAUCUCUACGCCCAAGCAAAUGACUAGCACCUGAAAUGGAUCCACCAAUCCCCUAUGCCACUCUCCAAGCCUGGAAAGCUUCAAUCCGCUCUACAAACGACCAUUUUAUCAACAGAAUCCCCAAACUCGAACUCCACGUGCACCUAGAAGGCACCCUAACCCCAGAACUUCGCUGGCAGCUCGCCCAACGCAAUGACAUGUCAUUGCAUUCCCUCCGCUUGAACAAGACUUUCCACACCUUAGAAGAGCUGAAAGAAGCUUACAACCUCCUUCAACCACGGAGCAUCAAGGGCGUUGGUCUCAGCGCUUUCUUCGAAGCGUAUUAUGGAGGCAUGGAGGUUCUUCAGACUGAGAGAGACUUUCACGAUUUAGCUAUUGCAUAUUUUGGAAGGGCGAAGGAGAUGGGCGUUGUGUAUUGUGAGGCGAUGUUUGAUGUGCAGGCGCAUACGAGGCGGGGUGUUGAGAUCGGUACUUUAAUGACGGGUUUGGGAAGCGCGAAGAAGGAGGCGGAGGUAGAAUUAGGCCUAAAGGUAAACUACAUCAUGUGCUUCCUUCGUGACCUCUCCCCUGAGGACGCGAUGAAGCAUUAUGAGCUUGCUCUGCCUUACCAAGACAUGAUUGUUGGUAUUGGACUUGACUCUAACGAAUACAAUCGGCCUCCUCUGCUCUUUGGUGAAGUGUAUCGGAGGGCAAAGAAGGAUGGGUUUAAACUUACUUGUCACUGCGAUGUCAUGCAGAAGGAUACCUAUGAGCAUAUUCGUCAAGUUGCUUGUGAGCUUGGUGGGACCGGAGCUGAUAGGAUUGAUCAUGGCCUUGAUGCUGCUGAAAUUCCGGAGCUGGUGGAGAAAAUCAAGACGAAGGGGAUUGGGAUGACGCUUUGCCCGUGGGCAUAUGUGAGGCACCACAAGGAGGAGAAUGUGUUUGGAUAUGUGAGGAGGUUGUUUGAUGCGGGUGUAUUGAUUAAUGUUAGCAGCGAUAGUCCUGCGUAUGUCGAGAGUAAUUGGAUCGUUGACAACUUGAGGUUGUCGAAGAUGAUGGGGGGCUUCACGGAUGAGGAGAUUGUGAAGUUACAGAUGGAUUCUGUGGAUAUGUGUUGGGCUUCUGAGGACGCGAAGGGACAGAUGAGAGCAGAUAUUGAGCAUUUCGUGAAGGAGGCUGUAUUUAGGUAGCUGCUCUUCGUGUUUUACAUGAAUGUCAAAUAUUAUAAUGGAAGUCAGUGGAAAGAGC